AUGAAACACGAUUCACCGCUAGCCCUCUGGGCUCUGGCAGGCCUUUUUGGCACUGCCCUAUCGAUCCCGCUCGCGCAGACACCAUACUACGCCUCCCGCUUCCCCCAGCACCCGCAGAACCUUGGGUAUGGCGGCGACUACCCAAAGUACUGGCAGGGCGAGGCCUACAACCCCGAGGUUGCCCCCGGAUACAGCGGCCCCGCUUCUGUCGUUGCUCCCGAGACCGAGAGGAAGGAGCAGCGUCCUUCCUUCACCGAUACCAAGUAUCCGGCUCGUGAGGCCAUCAAACACUACUCCGGUAGUGGCUUCCCUGGAAGCGGCCCAUCAGAGGAUUCUGGCAAUGGCCAGAACAUCAAGAUCACCAAUGACACCCCAAGUGACAAUGACAAGAGCUAUACCCGCAUCACCAAGGGCCCCGGUGUUGGCCUACGCAAGAAGAAGACCACUGGUGCUGCUAAGGCUACCGAGGAUGAAGCCGAGGAGCCCGAGCACCGCUCUGGCGGCCUCGAAGAUAUUGCUGAUCUAGCCACCCCCAAAUUCGACGGCACCAUCCCGUCUGAGGAGCAGGAGGAGCAAGACGGUAACUGGGGCUCCUUCACCUUCGGCGUCGUCAGCGACUCCCUCGUGUACCACGACCCCUACGAGAACCGCCAUGACGAGUUCGAGCGCAAGACUGACGCCCUCUCGAAGAUUGAGAGGAUGAUGGGCAACAGCUUCGUCGGCUCCUCCGACGUCGUCGAUAAGCGUUCUUUGGGAAAGCGUGACUGGCCUGAGCAUAUCCAGGAGAAGGCGCUCAAGAUGAUGGACAGCGCGGCCACCAUGCAGACCAAGGGGCAGAAGACAAUUGACAACGACCCGCAGUCCCAGGCGUCCUUGAAGGGCCAGGAGGUCCCGGCCUCCGAGCCUGCUCAGAAUGCCGGCCCCAAGAACACCUUCCCUGUCGGCCCGAACUCCAAGAAGGCACAGGCCGCACAGGCUCCUCCUCCUCCUCCUCCCCCGCCAGCUCCGGCUGCCCCUGCAGAAAGACAGCUCGGCUCUGGAGGCGGUGGACUCGUCCCCCCGCACAAGGCCGGGAAACUCGCAAAGACCAAGGGGCAGGAUCCCCCUGCUCUUGGUAACCCAACACCUCCCGCUCCCCAGCAGCAGGAGCAGCCGUCCCAGCCUAUGGGCCGCCAGCAGGGAAACAUGCCGAACCAGGGCAGGGGCAAAAACCCACAGAGACCUCAGGGAAGGGGGCCGGGAGCACAGAGGCCCAGGAACAAGGCCCAGGAAAAGCUGAGGUCCCAACAGGAGCAGCCUAACCUCAUGAAGCGUCAGAUUGCUGUACCUGCAGGACCCGGAUAUCCCCCCGGAACAAUGAUCACCCGCAUCACCCGCCCUCCCGCUCCUGCCCCUGGGCCUGCAGCUGCAGUCCCAGCCGCAGCUGCAGCCGCGCAAGCCCAGUCUUGCGGGCCUGCUGAUGGACAAUGCCGCCAGAUCUACGACGGCCAAGUCCAGGCCUUCCCAAUCUCCGCCCAAGAGGCACAGGCCCAGAGGGCUGCUCCCGCCCAGUUCGCCACGGUUCAGCAGGUUGCUCCGGUCCAGCAAGUCGCACAGGUCCAGCGUGUUGCUCCCGCACCCGUCCAGUACAUCGCACCGGUCCCAGUCCCAGCCCCGGCCCCGGCCCCAGUUUACAUUCAGCAGCAGCAGCAGCAGCAAGCCGCCCAGGUCGCUACCAUCCCGGUGACAAGGGAGCAGGUCCAACAAGUCGGCUACAACGCCAUUGUCCACCCCGGUCAGGUCAUCUGCCCCGAGGGCAAGCCGUGCCCGCAUGCCGCAACUGUCUUCGAAGAGAGGGAGAGGACCGUCCUUAAGCCCGUACAGAAGGUGACUGAGGUCGAGGUUACCCGCGAGGCUGUCCGCGCGGUUCCAAAGCUCGAGCCGGUCGAGGUGACCCGCUACGUUGACGUUGAGAAGGAAGUGCAGGUCGAGAAGGUGGUUGAAGUGUGCGAGACCUGUGUUGAGAAGCAAGUCGAGGUCCAGAGGCCGAAGGUCAUUGAAGUCUGCUCUGAGUGCAGGGAGGUCGUUGGUGACUGUAGCUGUCCUGGGGGCGAGGGUCAUCAUGAGAGCUUUAGCAAGUCCGUUUCAAAAGGAGAGGAGACUAUCUCGUAUAAGAGCGACGAGGGAGAUGCGUACCUGGCGGGACCAGUGAGCACUCCGGGAGGCUUGGAGGCAUUCUUCAGACAGAGGAUGCCAGAGCACUUUGACAACUAA